GUUGCAGAUAGGAUCAUCAAACACCCACGUGGAUGAGAUUUGAAAACGCUUUCAACGGCCAAGAGCUCUCUCCUGCCGAAGAACUCUGCAGGUUAUGGGAAGGAAGCGUCGCUUGUGCCUGCUGCUUGCUCGGAUACAUGUCCCCGUUCUCCUUCUCUGAACUCAGAGGCGACUGGCGACUCAGUCUCGUCGGGGAGGUGAAGAAGCCGCUCAAAAGGAGAGCAUUGCUUUCAUGGAAAGGCUCAAAUCGAGGAGAAAGAAAAGAAAAAGGUAUUUUAAUAAUAUGAAUUAUUAUCACCAUACGGUAGGAGCGGAGCUAGAGACACACCUGAUCCGAUGAUUUAGUUACAAUCACAUGUGCUAACUUCGGGGAUCCAACGGUUUAAGUUAAUGCUGUGACGACCGACUUGUCACUCUAGAGGACCCCGAUGACGAACUUGACCCCGUUUCCUGCUCAAGAAAAUAAAUGCAAGUCCCCUCUCUCUCUCGUGCCCGCCCUCUCUCUCUCUCUAUAGUGUUUUAGAAGAUGAUUGGAGCCCUAACAUCAUCUUCUCCGACGAAGAUCAUUUUCGAAGAUUGUCCUAGGGGCCUUUCCCGUUGUGGAACGGAAAUUUUCUGUUUGGCUCCCAGGAAAACGUCUAACGUCAAUUUCAUGCGGUUUCAUUCUGCUCAGACCAGGAUUCUGAAGCCGCUUCAUUCGUCCUUUUCCUCCAAGGUCUCGCAGGUUGAAGAACAAAAAACUUGGUGGAUGAACAAACCUAAAGAGUGUGCGUUUGGAGAACACUUCUUUAUCUUGGGUGAUGAUCCCGUGUUUGGCCUUUGGGACCCUGAAAAUGCUAUACCCCUGAAUUGGUCUGAUGGACAUGUUUGGACUGUUGAUCUGGAUCUGCCUGUUGGAAAAUCGAUCGAAUUCAAGUUCAUACUAAAAGGAAAGACUGGAAUAAUCUUGUGGCAACCUGGUCAAAAUCGGGUUUUUGAAACUUUGGAAACUAGCAAUACAAUUACGAUCUGUGAAGACUGGGAAAAUGCCGAUCUCCAAAGCAUAUUUGAGGAAGAACUGGUACCGGUUAACCGGGAAGGGCAGGAGUCAUCAGCUGGCAACUUGGACAUGCCUGUAGUUGCUGAAAAUGUGCCGUCUGCACAGUCAAAAGAAAAGGUAGAGCUUACUACGGAUAAUAUUAUAGAAGAAAAGGAAGCUGAAGUGCUUGGUAAUGGCAUAGAAGAAAAUCCUGCGGAAAUAGUUGCAGAGAAUAUAGGAUACAUAAAGGAUGAUUCUGACGCAGGAUUCAGUUCUUCGGAUGCCCAAAAUGAGAGGAAAAUGGAUGAUGCUAACGAAUCGAUGAUGAUUGCUGAUGAAAGUGAAACAGAAGUAGUCAUGGUUACGGAGGAGGAAUGUCCAGUUUUGGUUCCAGGCUUGACACCUGUGCCGUCAUUUGAAAAGGAGGAAGAUGUGACCAGUGGGGGAGACGAGGAGGCUAAUGAUGCAUCAGGGGGAGAGGUUGUCGUUAACAAAGUUGAAACAGACAUUUCAACGGAGAUUAUAGAGACGAGACGACAGACCAAAGGGGAAGAAAGAGAGGAAGAAGGGAAAGGAGGGGUAGUAGAAAUCAAGAGUCAUAGAGAGGCAAAGGAGGAGGAGGAGGAAGAGAUGAGGCAUGAUGUGAUGGAGAAGGACAUCCUGUGGGGACGCCGAACUCUGCAAAAGCUUCUUAACAGUUUCCGACUUCUCUAACCACCACUUUUACCACGGGACAAGGGAAGUCCGCACUGUCUUGGCCGGGUACGCUGUUAUCCUCCAUCUUGUGCUCAUUUUUUACUAUUGUGUGGGGUACUAGUGGCUCUUAGAUGAGUCCAGUUUUUUAGGCGUAUUGUGUUUGUUGUGUAUAAUAUUAUAUUAUAAUAAGGUAGGUAGAGAUAUAUUUUGGGGAACCCCAAGCAUCAGCGGAUCUUCAAAGCUCUCCGUGAUUUUGUUGUUUGUUUUUUGUCAAUAAAUGGCGAUUCCAAGUUUUCUGUUUUA